AUGUCUACCAGAAGUUCGGUAUUAGAAGUUUUUAAUAUUAAUAACUCUAAUCCUAAAAAAUAUAUCAAUGUAUGCGCACCGAUGGUUAGAUAUAGUAAAUUGCCUUUUCGUGAGUUGGUUCGUGGCUAUAAUGUAGAUUUAACAUACACACCAAUGAUCUUAGCAAAAGAAUUUAAAAAUUCAAAUAUUGCAAGGAAUUCCGAUUUUACCACCAAUAAAAAUGAUAAACCAUUAAUAAUACAGUUUGCAAGUAAUGAUAAUGUUGAAUUAUUAAAAGCCGUCGAAUUAAUAGUUGGUUAUGUUGACGGAAUAGAUGUUAAUUGUGGAUGUCCGCAAAGAUGGGCAAUAAAUGAAGGAAUUGGAGUUUAUUUGAUGGAGAAACCCGAACUAAUAAGUGAUAUGAUUCGAACCAUUAAAACAAACAUACCGACUUUACCGUGUUCAAUUAAAAUUAGAAUUCAUAAUGACUUGAGGAAGACGAUAGAGUUCGUGAAAAGGGCAGAAUCGAUAGGGAUAGAUUUCAUCACUGUACAUGGACGCACACGUCGUCAAAAGUCAACUGAACCGGUAAAUUUAAGUGCAAUAAAACUGAUUAAAGAAAAUUUAAAAAUUCCUGUUAUUGCAAAUGGAAAUAUAUUUACUUUAAAUGAUGCAGAAAAUAUUUAUAACCAAACUGGUGUGAACGGAGUGAUGUGUGCAAGAGGUUUAUUAAGAAAUCCUGCUUUAUUUGCCGGUUAUGAUCUUACUCCUUGGGAUUGCGUUGAAAAUUUUGUUAGAUUAUCCAUUGCUUAUGGAUCAAAUCAUUUUAUACUUCAUCACCAUUUGAUGUAUAUGUUUGAGGAUGUUAUGAGUAAUGCAGAGAAAAAAUCUUUUAAUACUUUGACAAGCAUCCCUGCAAUUAUAGACCAUUUAGAGGAAUAUUAUGGAUUACAACUAGAAUGA